AUGUCGUCGUACAGCUCUAGACUAGAUAGUUUGAUUGAAGAUAUUGGAGGAUGCGGUACCCUACAGAAACUGUUGUGUGUUUUAAUACACAUAACGGUCAUAUUAGCAGCUUGGAGUUUGCUUGGUAUGGCUUUUAUUGGCUAUGAUCCAGGAUUCACUUGCCGAAAACUCGAUGUCAAUGCAAAUAAACUGUCCUCCAUAAACAUGAGUGAAAUUUCUACAAACCGUCUUUGCUCGUUUGGAAACUAUUCCACAUGCAGUUCGUACUUGUUUCCUACAGGGAUAAAAACUGUCAUUUCAGAGAUGGUAGGAGUACUUGUCGGAAACAUCAUUUCAGGUCCAUUGGCAGACUCUCUCGGACGCAAGCCAUCAAUUAUUUCAAGUGUUUUACUACUGGUUAUUUUUAAUUUCGGUGGAUAUUUCUCUCAGUCAUGGAAGUCGUAUUCUGUUAUUCGUUUUUUCAUCGGUAUAGGAGCUGGCAUUUACUUCAAUGUAGAUCUGCCAAUACUUGCUGAAUUUGUACCGUCAAAACUUCGGACGAUAGCAUUAGCUUUUCCAUCGGAGCCUUUAUCUGCAAUGCUAUUUGCGUUUAUAACCUACUGGUUACAUGAUUGGAGGAGUGUUCAUCUGCUUAAGACAAUUAUAGGCAUCCCCCUUUUGAUGAAUUUGUGCUUUAUACCUGAAAGUUUCAGAUGGUUGGUUUCUAAAAUGAAAUUUGAGCGUGCUGAACAAUCGAUAGGCUUUGUGGCGAAUGUCAAUGGAGUAAUUAAACCAGAUCCUCAGGGUUUAUUUGAAGCAGCUAAAAAGGAAAUUGCAGCAACGUCAGAUGAAAAUAUAUCACCAUUUUCAUUCACCAUAUUGUGGUCAAACAAAGACCUCCGAAUAAUAACGUUAUCCUUAGCAGUACCCUGGCAAGUACCUUAA